CCCGAUAAACCCGCGGAAGUAUGAACCAAACAUUACGCUGUCUUUACUAUUCCUUAAAUACUGUGUGUUUGUACAGUUCUCCAAACCCCACAUAGGCUACUAUCUCACCGUUUCUAUACAUUAUAAUAAUUAUCUACAGGUGGUGCAGAGUUGUGGCCAUGUCGCGUGGCAGGAGAGCGCAGCUUGCACCCUGGAUAGAGCAGACCAUCCUCAACUAUGGCACAAAGGAGAAUGGACGACUGUGGGCACAUGUUGUUGGGGUGGGCCAGAUGACCGAGUCCCAGGCCCAGGAUGUUGCCGGGCCGACCAUGGUGCUGUUCCUCUCUGAUGGCGUGGUGCAGAUUCCUGCCCUGCUCAGGCAGCAGGCAUGGGACACGCUGCAGGAGCAGGAGGAGAGGGAGUGUUUAUCCAGUCUCUCUAACUGCACUGUUUGUGUAGUGUCAUACAGUCUGCAGUUCCAUAUGGCCCAUGUAAAGACAAAGUGCAGAUUCUUCCUGUGGAUUGAUGAACUGAUCACUACAGCGUAUGGAGCUCCUAAAGACAGUCCCCCCUGUUGCACAACACUCCCCUCGGUCCAACAGCAGAUUUAUGACACCUGGAGGUCCCUCUCUAACCAGGAUUCUGUCCACACCCAGAAUGUGUUCAGCCUGUCGGAGCUGCUGGGGGAGUGGAAGGACGAGCGUAGGGAGCAGCUCCUACAGGAGGUGGGGCAGCUGCUGAAGGCGCGGUCCAGCCCCUCUGGCUGGGCUGCAGACAGGCUGACAUACCAGGGGGAAGAAGUGUUCUGUGUCCCAGUUUCACAUCUUCUCAUCCCACAGGAGCUGCAUCACUCAGAUGAGGGCAGUUGUACCCAGAGUGGACUAGUCCCGCCUUCUGAAGACGUUGACUUGAAUGCUUCCCGGCAUGGAGAGACUGUUCAACCAAUCACAAAUCAGUGUAACAGGCUGGCAGACAUGCCAGCCCUUCUUGAGAGAAUAGACUCUGGCCAUGAGGUCACACUUCCAGGUUAUGAGAUCAUACUUCCUGGUCCUGAGAUUACACUUCCUGUCCAUGGGACCACUCAUUCUAGUGAGUGUCUUGGAGGGGAGGGGGCUCAAGCCGUACGGAAAGACAUCAGGGACAACCCGUGGGAUAUGUUUGCUCCUGCUGAAGAGAUGCUCAGAACCUCCUCCUCAUCUGAUUUAUCUAUGACCUCAGAGCCCCUAGAGGAGAGUCUGUCUCUGCUUGAACCCCCUUUGGCCCCGCCAGCACCCGUCCCCAUGGCAACCAGCACCCAGGUGCCCUCCCAGAAGUCAGGGGUCAGCCAGAAAUCAGAGGAUCGUUCACUUCCUCCAUACCAGAGACCUUGCCCCUCAUACAACCUAGCCCCCUCUUGCCACUCUCCCUGCAUCCAAGCCCCCGACCCUCCACUCCAGCCCCAUCCCUUUGAGCAGGAAGGAGUGGGGUGGGUAAAAAGGAGGCACAGGAAGAACACGAAUGAGCUCCUCUCAGCUGCUCUUCUGGAGGAAGAGGCGGAGCAGCAGGUCCUCAGCCCACCCUCCUGGCUGUUUGAGUCUCUAUUGGUUCCCAGAAGCAGGGGGGAGGGGCCUGGCUGUAAGCCAUCAGCAGGACCAGAGGAUAGAAACACUAACGUUCACAGUGAUGGCACUUUGUUCUUGUACUCCUACCAGCCAUCAGAUAAGCUCCGCCAGGAUCUCUACCAACUUAAAGUUCCAGACAGCUUGUUAGACUGGGCUGUCAAGUACCUUCUUCCUGCCAAGCAGACAGACGUUGCCAAGGCUACACAGCAGUGAACUGAGCCUUCAUCAGCUAGUUACAGUUCUCCUACUCUCAGGCUGCUACAUUCUAUGUUGUGUUUACUCAACCUUUUGUUUUUAUGAAAAAAGCAGUUUAUGCACAUUAAAGUUUUAA